UUCGUAUCCUCAGGAUUUGGUUGUACAAUCAUGUUUUUGUUGUCAAUCCCCGCACUCUCAAUUGCCAUUGCGGCAUGUGCCCUUUUCUAUGUCUGGAAAUGCAUCUCAUCACCCUUGUGGGCAGCCCCCGGUCCGUUUCUCUCCCGCUUCACGCUAUUCAUGUUGAGAUGGAACGAAUUUAACGCCAAUCGGACCUUGUACAUCCACUCUCUCCAUCUGAAAUACGGGCCUAUCGUUCGUAUCGCGCCCAAUGAAAUGUCAUUCUCAUCCUAUGAAGCUGCCAAGGAGAUUUACGGCUCCAAGGGCAGUGGCUACGACAAAUCCACCUUUUAUGAUCUCUUCACCGUGUUCGGACGUAGAACAUUGUUCUCGACACUUGAUAAAACCACUCAUGCGAAGCGAAAGCGUCUCCUAGCCGACAGGUACGCAAACAGCAACGUUCUCAAGCCGGCCUCCCUCAAUGGAAUUGAGAAUCGAGCACGAGAAUUUGCGAGACAGUGUGGCAAUUCAAUCGGAAGCAGUGUCGAUGUAUACAUCAAACUUCACGCGUUCGCUUGCGAUGGUGUUACCCAUCAUCUGUUCCAGCCAUACGGUACUGAUUGCCUGGGGAAUCCUGGCGACAGAGAGAUGAUGGAUCAAGUCAAUGCCGAUGAUAGUCUUCGGAGCCGCCUUUUCAUGCUGUAUGCGCCAACUCUCUACAAGUAUUCGUCCAAGAUUCUGGACUGCUUCUUUGAGCCACGCGCCACGCCACUGGCAGAUAACUUUGUCACAAAAAGAAGCAAACUGGACGACCCUGAAGAAUUUACUCUUUUAAGUCGUCUCCGAAGUAAGCUUGGUGACGAGUUGGCCGAAGGCGAUAUCGCUUCAGAAUGUCUUGAUCACAUGGUUGCCGGCAUCGACACCACAGGCGAUGUGCUGUGCUUCUUGAUCUGGGAAUUAUCCCAGCCUCGCUCAGCUCAGUUCCAGGAUGAGCUUCGAAGAGAACUCUUGGGAAACCCUGAUAUGGCAUUUGACAAACUCCCAGUUCUUGACUCGAUUGUACAAGAAGGCCUGCGUUGCUUUCCCGCCAUUCCCAUGUCGUUGCCACGCGUCGUUCCAAAGGACGGAAGGGUCAUCGACCAUCUAUUUGUCCCUGAAGAUACUAUCGUGAGUUGUCAGGCAUACUCGGUUCAGCGACACCAUGCGCAUGUGUUUCCAGAGCCUGAUCGAUUCAACCCUCACCGGUGGAUGUCGAACGAAAACGAUGGAGAGAUGAGGCGCCAUAUCUUUGCCUUCUCUUAUGGUGGACGAGGCUGUAUCGGAAAACAUUUGGCCUAUGCCGAGAUGAAGCUUCUGCUGAGGGAGUUGUAUUCUCAAUACCAAACAGUUCCUGAUCCUUCCAUGACUGAGGAAUCCAUGAGGUCACACGAUCAGAUCAUUUCGGCUAGGCCUUACGGUCAGAAGUGCUUGCUCCGCUUCGUGCCAGCUGCUGCGUAA